AUGAGAACAUGAGUGGAUCCUGGAGAGUAUUUCUGCUCUGUAGUCUCCUGCAAGGUGCUGGGUGCACUGGAAAAUUUGAGGCACUAAUUCCAGCGAGUGUGACGACACUCAAUGGAUCCUGUGUUACCGUUCCUUGUUCCUUCACCUUGAAGGACAAGUAUAAAGACAUGCUACUGCCUGGAUGUGGAAAAUCGUGGAAAAAAAUAAUUAAGGAUCAACCUUUAAGUUCUACAACAUUCAGGGGGGACCUUACAGCAUACGACUGUACUAAAACAUUCGAUAACGUACAUGAAGACAAUGUUAAAUAUUAUUUCAGAAUUGACUGCGAUGGAAGUGAUUUAAAAUGGAAUUUUUAUGAAAACCCAGUGACCAUCAGGAUCAAGGGGCUCCCUGAUGCACCUCGUUUGACCCCCCCCAAGGAGCCGGUGGUGGAGGGCACUCCUGUGGAGCUGGGGUGCUCUGCCCCGUCCUACUGUGACACCCACCCCCCCACUGUGAUGUGGACCCCCGCCCUGGGGCUCAGUACCCAGCUCCAGCAGAACGAUACCGUGACCUCCACUCUGACCUUCAACGCCUCCCACCUCCACCAUGGAAACAAUGUCUCCUGCACUGCGGCCUACUACAUACCAUCUGGGAACAAAACUGUUACGUCUACGAGACACCAACUCAGUAUCUUAUUUGCCCCCAGGAACACCUCUGCUGUCGGCAGCCCGUGUAUUCCAGCCAGAGUGAGAGGCUGCCUCAACCUGAGCUGCACCAGUCAUGCUAACCCUGCUGUCAGCGCGGUCACCUGGUACCGAAUACACGGAGAACACAUCUUUAAGAUCGGGAGUGGAUCUUCUCUGUCCAUCCAGCUAUGGAACGACAAUGACGUUUUCUUCUGUGAAGCCAGGAAUGGCAUUGGCACAGAAAAGUCUACUGUCUACAAGAUCGACGUUCAAAAACAACUGCCCUGGAUAGCUGCUACUGCAGUGCUAGCCGCGGGUCUGCUGUUUGCAACAGUGUGUGCCGUAAGAGCUUGGAAGAUGGCCAACCAAACAAGACUUGGCAGUGAUGCUCUACUCAACAAAGCUCCACCCAACCAAGGGAACCCCCAGGUGUUCUUCAAAAGUGGGGAGGACAUCUAUGCUAACAUUGAUACACUGAUGAACACGGUCGGACCGAGAGAGGAGCCUGUUGGAGCAGGAGAAGAGGCUGUUGGACUGGGAGAAGGGGCUGUUGGUCUGGGAGAAGGGGCUGUUGGACUGGGAGAAGAGGCUGUUGGACUGGGAGAAGGGGAUGUUGGACCGAGAGAGGAGGCAGUAACAGCAGCAGGUUCCUCAGCCUUGAUCCAACGGGAUUCAGAGGAAGCAGCAGACCCAGACGCAGACAGGCAGGUGGAGGACUGUGAUGUCCUGUACACAACAGUGAACUGGAAGAAGAAGUCCAAGAAAAAAGAGAUCUGAGCUCCUGGGACAGAGACCCGCUGGGGCCCAGGGCCCAGGAGGCCCCUACUCUUCCCCUUGGGUGGAUGAGGGAUGAGCUAAGGGCUAGAGGGAUGAGUUAAGGGCUACAUUGAUGGGUAAAGGCUAGAGGGAUGAGUUAAGGGCUACAUUGAUGGGUAAAGGCUAGAGGGAUGAGUUAAGGGCUACAUUGAUGGGUAAAGGCUAGAGGGAUGAGUUAAGGGCUACAUUGAUGGGUAAAGGCUAGAGGGAUGAGUUAGGGGCUACAGGGAUUAGUUAAUGCUAGAGGGAUGAGCAAACGACUGAGUAAGGGGCUAGACCAGAUGUCCAGUAAACCAGAGGUUAAAAAUCCCACAGGUUGUAAAUAUGUUUAAAAAAUUGUGAUAAGAAUUAUUAUUGUUAUUAUAUAGUUGGUUUUACUUUUAAAAUAGGAUUAUUAUUGACAAGCCAGUCAUUAGUCAUACUGUGUAUUUCUGAUAUUUUGUUUACUACUUGUUUACCGUAUUUGUAUUGAAUAAUACCAAAUACUACCA